AAGUAAUUAUGCGUUGAUAAUAGUAAACAAACCGAAACAUUUUGUAUUCCGUUGUACGCCGGAUCAAGAUAAAAUAAAACAAAACUAACGUACGUAGAAAUAAAAAUUUAAAAUAAUUUAUUUAUCAACUAUAUAUUUAAAAUCAGUAGCAUAAAUGGAUAGUGAUGACUACAGUUCAUCUCAAUCACAAAAAAGUGAUUCAGAUGCUGACGAUAAUUCAAAUAUCAGCAAUUCUUCAUCUGUUAUAUCUGACGACGAUCCACUUAAUAUGCUAGAGCACGACUCCUACAGAAGUUACAGCGAUGAUUAUAAUUCUGAUUGUAAUUCAAAUUCAUUAUCUUCAGAUUGCAAUAACACCGAUGAAGAUAACGAUCUGUCCGAUAUGUACGAAGAAAAUAAUAACGACCCAAACAAUAAUAUGGAUGACAACGAAAAUUGGGAGGGGCGAAACUCACCAGAAUAUCCAGUGCCAGCAAGUCCUCAGCCUGGAUGCAGUCGUCAUUUCGAUUUUGUAGAGAAUGGUCACACAGAUUCACUGAAAUCAGUAACUCUGACACCCGAGGAAAUUAGUACUCUAGCUGAUAACAUCUUGCUGUCAAUAAAUAAAUUAGUCGAGCAAAUAAACCACAGCUCGAUUGUUGCCGCCAUUGAAAAUAAUUUAAAAACCGGCAACAAUAAAUUAAGUCUUCAAGAUUUACUGCCAGCUAAUAAUCAGAACCACAUCAGUCCUGAUGACAACAGAAAAACGGGACAAAAACGUGGUAAUGACGGAGACAUUUGCUCAGUUGACAUGAAGAAAUCACGCGAAAAUCCACUGCCGUCAUCGCAAAUCCCGUCUGGUUUUAUGGUAAGAAAUCCAAUUAUUGAUAUUAAUAAUCUUCAAAAAUCUCCGUUACGUUUGCCGCCACGUGAAAUGAAUAAAAAUGAUGAUAAAUUAAACAAACCUAAAAAUAUAUACAUCCAAAAAUAUGUUAAUGCAAAUCACGUCUAUGAAAAUGUCUUUUUAUCGGGACGGGAUCAUAAUUCUGCUGAGAUUAUCGAUGAGUCAGACGGUACAAGACAAAGAGAUAAGACGUCAAGUAAACAAAAUAAAGCUGAAGUUAUGUUGCCUGUAACUAACAGCGUAACUCACAGUGUAACAAAUAUAUUGAACACAAUACCAAGUAGAUCUAAUCCCCAAAUACCUCGAGCAACAAAUAGAUUAGCAGUAGGAAAUAUAAUGAGCAGAGCUGAUGCCCAGAAUUUAACUAAAACAACCGAAAGAACUCAUGGUCAUUUACAAAUUACGACUGUAGCUAAACCAUGUUCUGUUCCAACUGCUACCGUCACCAGCAAUGCCUACAAUUAUCCUAAAGUAUCAUCGAAAUAUUCUCCCGUCGGGAAUUCAGUUGUCCAAACUGGUCAUACGUCGGUUAGAAUAAAGAUACCGUCAAAUUCAGUAGCUGGUUCUACUGCAGGUUCUUCAAAUUCAAAUUCAAAUUCAAAUAUUGAUAAGCUGAUUGCUGUUGUGGAUAAACGAGCUCCUAUUGCGGGUAAAAAAAUGAGCACGUGUCGGAUAAAAGAUCAGGUGGAUUACUACGAAAAUUUAAAACAAGUAAAGGAAAAUUUGGCUCAGCGACGUGAACAAUUACAAAAUAUUGAAGUCAAGACCGCUGAGCUUAAUAGUGUACGGGAUAGAAAUGAACGGAUUAGAGAGAUUGUUGUUGAUCAUGGGCAUGUUAAUCAAUUAGAUGUCAAUAUGUUGCCGCCGUUGCCACCGCGGAAAUAUUUUCCAGCGCAUUUGCAACCGCAACAGGGAUUGCAGCCUCAAGCAAAUGACCCGAUGGUCCAGCCGAGUACGUCAGCCAACAAAGUCUGCGAAGAAAUUUAUCAGAAACUACGGGCCAUGUUUCCUGAUAUCGAUCGCGAGUAUAUAAAAACAUAUUGUCCGGCUGAUUGGAGCCCUGGUAUGAGCCACGACAUUCAAUUUGGAAAUAUCGUCGAGAGAAUUUUGCAAAAUGAAGCCUCGUGGAUAAUAGACGUCACUCCAAAUAAUUUUAUGAUCGAAACUGCGGCCAAUAAUGCUGUCGGCGCAACUCAAAAUGUCGAUGAAACCUACGAAUAUCUCACUGGAAUAUUUCCCAAUGCGGACCCUCACUAUCUGCGCAGUUCUGCUGAAAAAUUUAAAAAUGAAAAUGACGUCAAGGCGUUCGUUGAUGAUAAAUUAAAAACGUCAGAUUAUCCAACACGGGAACAAUAUUUAGCCAAAAUAAAAAUAACCGAAGAGCAGCAGCGUUACACCAAAAACUUUAACGUCGAACAUUUCCUAACUCUAUUUCCAAAUCCGUUUUCGCACUUUGAAAAUGACAAUCGAAAGUGCGAAUUUAAUCUGAUUGUCGUUGAAUUUUUGAAGAACGAAUUCAGUCGGGUAAGAGUUACUACGAUUAAUAAAUUAUAUCGCGAUUGCAAAUAUAAUAUGAGUUUGACAGCUAAGAGUCUUCGGGCUAUAACUGAUUUUAUAAUGAAACCGCGGUGUCCCAGUGAGAUACCAACGGAAAAUAUUCCGAUGCUUCAAGAAAUGGCAUUCGUACGUCAUCAAGAUGAGAUACGCAUGCACAUGGAGACUGCCCGUAAAAGAGAAGAGGAAGAGUUCAAUUCACUGAAGACUGCUGGCAGUCUUUGGACCUGUCAGUGCUGUUAUGAUGAUGAAUGCAUGCCUUCAAAAUGUUCAACAUGCGAUAACGCUCAUGUUUUUUGUAACUCGUGUGUCGUCAAUGGAACAGACUCACGUCUUGGUGACGGAGAGACACACGUGCCCUGUUUCCUUAACUGCGGAAGUGAAUUCAGUAUUUCCACAUUGCAAAAAGUACUCCCGCCUACUAAGUUCAGUAUUUUGUUAAAAAAACGUCAGGCUGCUGAAGUGAUGGCCGCUGGAUUAGAGGGUUUGGUGUCAUGUCCAUUUUGUCAUUUUGCGUCAAUUCCACCCGAGGGUGACAAAGUCUUCAAGUGUCUUAAUCCUGAAUGUAUGAAAGAGUCUUGUAUUCAGUGCAAGGAACCCAAUCACGUUCCUUUCCGUUGUGGUGAGCAGGACAAAAAGGACAAAGCGCGUAAAUAUAUUGAGGAAAAAAUGACCCAAGCUCUUACUCGCACUUGUUAUCAAUGCAAGCGCGCGUUUUUCAAAGAAGAAGGAUGCAACAAAAUGACUUGUCCAUGUGGUGCUAUGAUGUGUUACAUUUGCAACCAGCCCGUGAAUAGUUACAAUCAUUUCCGUGGCCAAGGAUCAAAUGAAGUUAAUAAAUGUCCUUUGUGGACUGAUAAUCAGCGUUUGAAUGCAGAGACCGUUAGGAAGGUCGAAGAAGAUGCACGCAGAGAAGUUCUGCGGCAAGAUCCGACCUUGGAUAUCGGGACUACUGGGUUAGCACCGGCGUUGCCGCCACCAGCUGCUGGUCCGCAUCGGGAUAUUCCGAACACUGAUAAUCUUGCUAAUAUUCUUGCGGCUCGAGUACUGAAUGCAGAUCGUUUUGAUUUCGAGGGACGAGAAAACCCAAAUCGUCAACCUAAACGUAAUUAAUAACAAUAAUAAUCAAUCACUUCUUACCAUAUUUAUCAUUAUUUUUAUCUUACGUCAACGAAUGUUUAUUAUUUAUAGAAUAUUUAAUACCCUAUUAUUUUUACCUUUCUCAAUUUUAUGUAUGUUCAUGUUCACUUAUUAGUGUUGUCGUAAUUAAUCUAAACUUCCUUUUAUCAUAUUGAUUUCUACAUAUAAGUAUAUUAGAUAUAGUAAUUAAUAAUAAUGUACCUGAACCAUUAUUAUUAUAUGGAGUCCUCAGGAAAGGAUUUCUACCAGAGAAUGUUAAGAUUUAAAGAAAUAAAUAAAUAAUAAUAAUAUGUUAAUAUUUUUAUAUAAAGUUAAUAAAAAGUGAGCAGUUUUAUAAAAAAUAGUUUCACAAAU